AUGUACGCGGGGGCCAAGAUGAUCAAGGAGCGCAUGUGCGCCGAAGGACCUUUCGAUAACAACACCGUUAUCGCUCUACUUGCAUCCUCAGAUGCCAUUCCGUACGCAAUCACUGAAAUGGCAAUUAUUCGAGCCAACUUCGUCGUCUUCCCUCUCUCCACCCGGAACUCGCCUGCCGCCAUAGCUCACCUACUGAACAAGGUUGACGCGAAGCACAUACUCGCUAGUAAAGAGCAGAGCAUUACCGAUCUUGUUCGGGAUGCUCUCGAUAUAAUGAGAACAGAAUACUCACCCGCGACUAUUCCCACCGUCUCUUCCACAUUUACGUUUGAGGAGCUGUUUUCGUCCCCUUCCAACGGCCUAGUUACAAGCGAAGAGCUACCGCAUAAUAGCAGGGAACCUGACGCCCCAGCCUUGAUCCUGCAUUCGUCUGGAUCGACGGCGUUCCCCAAGCCUAUAGUAUGGACCAAUCGCCGCCUGAUAGAAGUCGCCACCUACCCGUGGCACUUCGGGCAAGAUCUCACAGGUCUCGUCAGUUCUCUGCAUACAUUGCCUAUCUUCCACGGCCUCGCUUUUGUAAAUUUACUAUGGGCGGCAUCUACGGGAAAUAUACUUGCUGCUUUUGAGCCUAGGCAGCCGCCUCUUGUGCCCACACCAGACCUUGUAUUCCGUGCCCUACAAGCGUCAAAUUGUGACCUUGUCUGGGCUGUGCCGUCGUUUGUUGAGACAUGGGCGCAUAACGAUGAAUACGUCGAGUGGCUCGCCUCUCGCAAGGGCGUGACGUUUGGCGGUGGCCCUCUCAACAAGGAGAUCGGCGACAUGCUAGUCUCAAGAGGCGUGAAUAUAUACAAUGCCUACGGAUCCACCGAAGCGGGGAUGUUGAGCGUCGUCUACGAAGCCGAACCUCUGAUCGAAUGGGACUACUUCAAGAUUCAUGAUUAUAUCUCAAUACAAAUGCUACCUAUGGGCGAUAAUACCUAUGAACUUGCUGUCGUGGCCAACAACGUGCAUAGACCUGCUGUCAUCAAUACAAAAGUCGAUGGGGAUGAUGCCUACGCCACAUCGGAUCUCGUUAUGCCGCAUCCGACGAAGUCCGGCUAUUGGAAGGUUCUGGGUCGUACUGAUGACCAGAUCAUGCAUAGCACAGGGGAGAAGGCGAGUCUCGCUCUGACAAACCCAGGGCCCUUAGAGGAUAUAUUGAAGAAGGACCCCUAUGUAUCCAAUUGCAUCAUGUUCGGUCGCGGGCGGUUCCAAGCUGGCGUACUAGUUCAGCCAAAGUCCGAAUUCAGCCUCGACCCCUCUGAUGAUACUCGCGUCGCUGAAUUCAGAAACAAGAUAUGGCCGUCAGUGGAGAAGAUGAACGCUUUUGCACCCCAACAUUCUAGGAUCUUCAAGGAGAUGAUUCUGAUCGCCAACCCCUCAAAGCCAUUCAGCUACACACCCAAGGGCACUGUCCGCCGUGCUCCCGUCAUAAAAGACUAUGAGGAAGAGAUCGACGCGUUGUACGACGCUGUGGACAACAGCGCUCAGUCGGCCACGGAGCCGCCUGUCCACUGGGACGAUAAAUCGGCCAACUCAUUCACACGCGCAGUCGUGGAGAAGCUCAUCACUGUUCCCUUGAAAGACGAAGACGAUAUCUUCCAGCACGGUUGUGACAGUCUGCAAGCAACCUGGAUUCGCAACACCAUCCUCCGUGCACUACGUGACUCUGCGAAAAUCGAUACCCGCAAAGUCAAUUCCAACUUUGUCUACGACCACCCGACUAUUUCGCGCAUGGCAUCAUUUGUCUUAGCUCUCGCCCUCGGUACUACAGACGGAGAGGACCGGCAGUCGGCGUCGCACGCGGAUGCAAUGCGUGCCAUGGUGGCUAAAUACAGCAAGGACUUCCCCAUACACCGGGGUAGCGCGGCUGCCAACAUGGAAUCGGGCAAGGUCGUUUUGAUCACCGGCACAACCGGAGGCCUUGGAUGUUACGCGCUCAAAGAGCUUGUCGCGGACCCCAAGGUUGCCCGAGUGUACGCGUUCAACCGACCGGCAAAGCAUGGUCAAACUCUGUACGAGAGGCAAAAAUCUGCAUUGGCCGACCGUGGACUGGAUGCCAGCAUUGUCGACUCUGAGAAAGUGGUACUCCUCGAGGGGGACUUGUCUGCAGCGAAUUUCGGCUUGACAGAGAAAGUCUACCAAGAGUUGCAUACAUCGGUCACAUAUAUCAUCCACAACGCAUGGCGUGUGGAUUUCAGCAUUUCCUUGGCGUCAUUCGAGUCGAACGUGUACGGCGUGCGUGCGUUCAUAGAUUUUGCCCUCACGUCGCCGCUGGCGCAACCCCCACGGCUGAUCUACACCAGCUCAAUUGGUGUCUUCACGAAUCUCGAUAGUGACGAUGAUUUAGUCGAGGCUCCGAUUGACCCCGACGUCGCCAUUGGCAGCGGUUACACGGAGUCAAAAUGGGUGUCCGAAGAGAUCCUUUACAACGCCGCUGCCAACACGCCGCUGACGCCUGUGGUCGUCCGAGUUGGACAGAUCUGUGGUGCUCUGGAAGGCUCGUGGAACGCCCACGAAUGGUUCCCGUCCAUAGUUCAGAGUGCCCCAAAGCUGGGAUGUUUCCCUGACGAUGAGAGGGGUGUUGUGUGGGUGCCACUCGACGUGGCCGCGCAAGCCAUGGUCGACUUCAUGGACACACCGCCGCAUAUCAAAGUUGUCCACCUCAACCACCCGCGGCCUGUCUCGUGGCACUCGCUGGCUGUGCACGUCGCACAGGCUUUCUCAGUGCCUCUUGUCCCGUACCACGAGUGGCUCGCCAAGCUCGAGCAGGCCGCGCUGGACGUCUCCCAAGCCGAGAGCGCGGGCAGUGACUCGCGCAAGGCCCUGCAGGACCUGCACGCGAUCCAGCUGCUCCCGUUCUACCGGGGGCUCGCUGCUAAUUUCAACGUCGGUCGGCUCUCUGUAGGGAUGUUCCAGCUUGAUGUCUCCCAAGCCGUCGCAGCAUCCCCAACACUGUCAGACCCUAACGUGUCUCAACUCGGUGCCGAGCACGUCAAGAAUUGGUUGGCAUAUUGGCGAAAGGUUGGGCUGUUGGCGGGGCAGUAA